GGCGUUGAUAUUGUGCUCGAGUCGCAAACGCAACGAACGCAAAGAGUAAAAGACAUCGACAUGAAAAUCACAGCACUCGUAAAGUUGUGUUUUAGUCGGUUGUCAGUGUCAUUUGAUAUGCUAACUUGGGAAGCCUGUCGUCUGGGAUAUUUCUCUGUAUCUGAUUUCAUCAUGAUCAUGUCUGGUAGAAGGAUGCAGAUCAGAAGGAAAUCGAUUCGUAUCUACAAUGCCGAUUCAGAACAUGAAUACUGACCCAAGUCUUUUAAGUGAAUGACGUCAAACGCUGUGCUUUGUAUUGGCUUCGGUAAGGAAAACCCAAGGGAAGAAUGAGCUCGUUUUCCUCGUCUUCGUCGCUUGAGCGGGGCGGGGCAGCAUCUUCGAGAAUCUCGGAUGCGUUUGCCUCUCCUUGCCGUGGGGAUCUACAGAUGUCAGAGACGCGAAAGAUGCUCCGAGAUCGCAAGCGCCUAGAGGCCCAGAUAGCAGAGGAGAAGUAUGUGGCUGACCUUGAGCGCGAGAACCAAAAGCUUGCCGCCUAUCUCAACACGACGUUGCCAAAGAAGUUGGAGGCAAUGACGCAAACCUUUGACCAGGCACUGCAGUCGCGCGUCUCAGCGCUCGAGGCAAAAGUAGUUUCGGUCUUUCGCGACCGGCUCGGUAUCGACUUUGCCGCCCCAUGUGUCAGGAACUGUGGCGCUGAGCGGUCAGUGCCGCAACCGCAAGGACAUGCAGGAGCAGGACCCUCGAGUGGCAUGUCCUCGACUGGUGGAUACACUGACAGUAGUAGCGACUGUAAGAGCUUUGAGGAGAUUGUUGGCAAUGCCGUGGCGAGGCAUUGGGCCUCUGUGCUGAACAAAAACGGUUUCCCUGCUUCGGCAGUUGCACCACAGCAUCAAGACAACCCAAGAGUACGCAAGCAAAAUGCUGAUUGUGUUGACGAGGUAGAGGGUGUUCUGCCAGCCAUUAUCGAACGGGCACGAGAAUCGUGGCGUGUAGACGUGCGGGAGAGUGUCUUGCCAGAUGUGCUUGGCGUGGCCUUGUGUCAGCCUGGAGCGAUCGAAGCGCGUCUCGACAGCACCGCAGAGGCACUGCGGGCAGGUAGUUUGGAUGGGGAGCAGCGCAGUGGCGUUCUUUCGGCCGCGUUGGCGGAAGCUCGCGAAGCUCUUUCAACUGGCAUCGGGCGUGCCUCUGAGACUGCAGCGCAAAGGCUAGAGGACCACAUCUCAAAGCAAGCGACGGCGCACUCGGACCUGCGCGCGGAAGUCCUGGCUGUACACGAGAGGUUCGCCCAACUGCGUGCGCAGGUAGAAGAGGACCGCGGAUCCGCACGUCAAUUUCGGGACAGAAUGUCCGCGGAAUUGGAGUUUUGGCAACGGGACCUAUCUCAAAAGCUCAUCGGCAAUGUGAUGUGGCAAGAUGGUGGGAGCGGUUCCAUAAACGCGCAGAAGAAACUAUUGAACAACAUGGAUGAUGGAAAGCGAAAGGAUAAUGCAGUUACAAUGAUUUGUACUGCAAGCGUAUCGAGCCGAAUGGGUACAGACGAAGGAGUGGAACAGCUUCAAAUGAUGGGUGGUGCGGUGCACAAAACAGCAUCCAUAGACCACGAGACUCCCAUUCCAAGAAAGGCCCACGAAGGUACGCACCACGGCGGAAGUGCUCUGGUGACGUGGAAGACCUGUACAAACUAUGUGCGAGCAGAACUAAAGGAGGGAAAAUUUUCGAUCCCGACGUCGCUCUCCGGCUGUGAAAUGAAUUGUGGAGAGAUCGAGCAGGAAGAGAUAUUUGACGAUGCGCUGACUGAUUCAGGCCACACUUGCAGCAGCGAGCCGCCUUCUGCUCCUUCCCCGGAGCCCCUUAGCUCCGGUGGGGGGCCUGAAGCGCCCUCGUCAGACGAACGCCUCGCAGUCACGACUUUCGCAGGGGCAAGGAUAGUCCAGGAGGCAUCGUCGCGCAACUCAGCUGAGGACCACGCAUUUAAUGACAAUCUGAUCCUGCAGCCAAUGCUCUCUGCCGCUGGUCGAUAUGGGAGCGCGUCGAGAAGCGACCGCUCGCCUGACAACCUAGAAAACGAGAAGGGACCACAUUCCGAAGAGUAUUCUGGACCUUCUUCGUCUUCGGUCCAAGGCGACGGAGGUCUCGUCCACCAGAUUGCACAUGACGUUUUCAACCGGAAUAUAGCACAGCUCAAACGGCAGCUGUUCGACCUCGAGUACGUGCGUCACCAGUCGGAGCUAGUCCAGCGCGACGUGCCGUCGCUACAACGAAGAACGCAGCAACUGGAGGCGCGAUUCGACACGGGCGCUUUUCUGGAGCCGCUCUUUCGCCAGCAAGAGGAGAAAUUACUCGCGUGGUGGCAAAACGAGCUGGAAUCUCAAGUUACUGCGACUAGCAGAGUGCUUGAGGCAAAGUGCCAGCAUUUGGUAGAGAACGCGGAACAGCGGCAGCAGCUGGCGCUCUCGAUCGCCGGCGCGGAGCACUGCCGGGAGGCGCAAGCGGCUGUGUCUCUGGGCUCACGCCAGCAAGACGAAAGGCUUCAGCAGUUUACCUAUGUCAGGAGAUAAUGGGCUUUAACGCAUAUUUUUUAUUAUAACUAAACUCUUUCGGCAUCGGCAGAGAAAUUUGAAUUUUUAAGUACAUCUACUUAUGUUGAACAUUAUCGCUGUCUUCUGCACUUGUGGCUCUUAUUUUCACCGUGUUUGUCGGACAAAAUCAUCUCAAAUAAUCUUCUUGGAAGUACUGUCACAUUCUAAUUUGCGCGAUUACAGAAAGCGCACUUGUUGGCGGUGAGCGCGGAAAACAGGCGCCUGAUGGACGAGUUGCGGGGCUUGAAGCUGCAGGUGAGCGGACCCGCAGAAUUUGUGUGGCCUCUCCCGGCGAUCGCAGAGAAGUGUAUUACCAGUCGCGUGUUCCCGUUACGCAAUCUCGAUUGUCAGCUUUUGUUGUAUCCGGCGGGUCGCCUGUGUUCGCAACCGGGAUACGCAGCUAUUGUCCUCAAACGAGUGGUGGAUAAUGCUGGGGCGGAAGCAUCUCGCGACGGAAAGCACCAGCAUGAAAAUAGUACGUCGCCGUCUGAACAACACGACAGUUGUAACGAUAAUAUAGUUGAUGUUCGUGAACAUCUUCGCAAUCACCAUCAACGUGCUACUUGCUCUACCUCAGCAGGAGGUGGUGGUGUAGUUCCGCUGGCAACGCCACGCACGGUGGUUUCCCGGAAUCCGUUCGACGAAGCUGCGCAACCGGUAGCCGCGGAUAAAUCUCCACGGUGGGGGAUGAAGAACCGCAGAGGCGCUCGCAGCAGGAGUCCCAGCACGGUUUUUUCUAGCGGACGACGAUCCAUGUUGCCGCAAGAUGCAACAACGCCCAAUGGACGCGUUAAAGUCCAGUUCCUCUUCGAAAAUCAAGUUUAUUGUGCCGACGAUACUUGGCAAAAUUUUGAGAACAAGUCUCUUGCAGUGCUAAUCGACAACUUCUUGCCCGGCGAUCGACUCAGGGAAGGACUCAAAGUCGCUGUGCGUGUGUUAACCACAUAGGGAUGAAGAUAUUUAUCAGGAUGAAUUUUACGGCUUCAUGCCACAUAAUUGAUAUUAUAACGAUCUUGAGCUAUCUAAUUUCUGAAGAGUUCCUCUUCUUGCAUGCUCUAGUUGUCCGCCGUAUUUGUUGAGUCUUCUACUUACUCAAGUCUGACGCUAUUUGCUCAUGAAUCAAUUGCAUGUUAGUCUAGUCGCGGUGAAGGUUGAUUUGAUUAUUCGUCUGGGCAUCAACGGAAGGCCAUGGAACAAGAUUGCCUUUUUUCAUGCAGUAGUAGAAUGUAUCAUUAAGUACUUCAUUCUACGGACGCUUUCUGUUUCUAUUAAUCCACUAACGUUCAACAUGUAGAUUUGGUUUAAUAAAUACUUCGAGAUUCACCAGUCAAGACAUGGCUCUCCUUCUAGUUUAUAUCGCCGAUCUUCGCAUCAUACUGAGUCUUCGAUUUCUGAUCUAUCUUGCUUGCACUGUCUUUUUUGUUGCUGAUGCGGGUGUUCGCCAAGAACAAAUCCUUUAUUAACGUUUUGUGGUACUGGUCCGAAUUUUGAAAAUUCAAUAGUAGCGUGGACAUUCUAGGGCAUGAAAAUACCAGGUCCAAAUACCGGGUUCUGCGUGAAAGAAGAAAAUGGCAUGAGCUCUGACUUCUGACGAUUCGGAUGCAGGAGCAGCUUACCUCGGAUGAACGGCUUUCUUUUUCACUAUGUAUCCUCGUGUUCGCUGUGAUAGAUCAUG